AUGAAUGACUCUGAGGUCCUGAAGAAGCGUGGGUACACGCUGGGCAUCAGCCUGGGUGAAGGAUCUUAUGCCAAGGUCAAGUCUGCUUACUCGCAGCACCUCAAAACCAGCGUGGCCAUAAAGAUUAUCAACAGGAAGACAGCACCACAGGACUUCCUGGAAAAGUUCCUGCCGCGAGAGAUGGACAUCCUGCCGUCACUGAACCACAGCAACAUCGUGAAGACCUUCGAGAUCUUCGACACGUCCCAGGGUAAGGUGUACAUGGUGAUGGAGCUCGCAGUUCAGGGGGACCUGCUGGAGCUGAUCAAAGCCCGCGGAGCUCUGCCCGAAGACUUCUGCAGGAAACUAUUCCGUCAGCUCUCACUCGCCAUCCAGUUCAUCCACAACCUGGACAUCGCCCACCGAGAUCUGAAAUGCGAGAACCUGCUGCUGGAUAAGGACUUCAACCUGAAGGUUUCAGAUUUUGGGUUCAGCAAGAAGUUGGAGUACGAGGGCGACCAGAUGGUCCUCAGCAGAACGUUCUGCGGUUCCAUGGCUUACGCGGCUCCGGAGGUUCUGCACGGUUUCCCAUACGACCCUAAAGUGUACGACGUGUGGAGCAUGGGCGUGGUCCUGUUCAUCAUGAUGUGCGGCUCCAUGCCUUAUGACGACUCCAACAUUAAGAAGAUGCUGAGGAUUCAGAGGGAGCAUCGCGUGGAUUUCCCUCAUUCUGCAUCCGUCCCGUCGGAGUGCAAAGACCUCAUCUGCAGGAUGCUUCACCCCAACGUGGCCAGGCGGAUCGAGAUUUGCAGCAUUUUGGAACACUCUUGGCUCCAGAAGAAAUCCAAAGCGUCUGAGGGCAUCAGAGCCAGACCAUCAAAGGCCUGCCAUAAAAACAGGAGCAAGGAGGAACCUAGAACUUCCAAACAUGGCCAGGAGAACUCUGAGGAACCUACAGCUGAAGGAUCAACACAGUCAACAUCAAAAUCCGGCCAUAAAAACAGGAGAGAAGAGGAACCUAGAACCUCUAAAUAUGUCCAGGAGAACUCUGAGGAACCUAAAGCUGAAGGAUCAACACAGUCAAAAUUAAAAGCCUGCAAUAAAAACAGGAGCAAGGAGGAACCUAGAACCUCCAAACAUGGCCAGGAGAACUCUGAGGAACCUAAAGCUGAAGGAUCAACACAGUCAACAUCAAAAUCCUGCCAUAAUAACAGGAGAGAAGAGGAACCCAGAACCUCCAAACAUGACCAGGAGAACUCUGAGGAACCUGAAGCUGAGUCAGAAACAGAAUCCUCUCCAAAGUCUACAGACAGAGCGGGUGGCUCUACGUAA